AUGGAGCUGGACGGUGCGGACCGGACGGAGAUGGCCCUGACUGGUCUCGGUACGGCGCAGGCGGCGGCCUACAGUGCCCAGCUGAUCGGGCGUGAGAACGAAGUUCCGAUGGUGUCGAUGGACGGCGAGGCACAUCCCAAUAUGACACUCGCCGCUAUCGGGCUCGGCGUCUUCGUCGCCCUCAUCAUACUCCUUACCCUGAUCGCGUUCAUCACCCGCCGGGAGCGAAGUUCACACACCAAAGUGGCACAACAGCACAGUGGUCCGGUGCAUCCUAACGCUACAGCCGUACCCAGCAUUAUCCCGACGAUCUCGCAGAAGGUGACGGAAGCCCGCUGCACGGUGUCGUUCGCGAACGAGCUCGAGCUGACCGACGUGGUUACGCGAAUGUGAACAACUCCACACCAAUUCCUUCCAACCAAAA